CGACAUGACAAGCUCUCUUCACCUGCCUCGAGACGACAUGAUACGAUAGCUUCACCAAUUCGUUUGGCGUCACCAUGCAGUACCUUCCUCCUUGUAUAUUAACCCGUCGCUCACCAUGUUCUUUGUACCACGAUUCAGGCCCUUAGGACUCGGCCAUGUUUACCGAUGUUCAAGUUCAUUGAGAUACCGGAAUGCUGGCUUAUUAAAGAGAUACGGCGGAGCUUCGGAAAGAUAUGUAUCGAGUGAUGUAGCGCCAUCUAUAUCUUCCGGAACCGCGUCGGCAGCAGCAACAGAGCCAGCCGCAUCGACCCCGGCAUCAGUCCCAGCAUCCGCACCAUCGGCGCGCGCAUCAGACUCCACACCUUCACCCCCACGACCCAGCGGCAACGAUGCCAACGACAAAGACGCCCCCUUCACCCCGCGCACGACCUUCCCCUCGCUCCCGUCGCUCCCGCGCUCCUACUUCCUAGGGCACCACAAGGCCGGGCUCGAGAAGAUGAAGGGCCUGCUCAACACCAUCGACCUGGUCCUCGAGUGUCGCGACUACCGGGUACCCGUAACGUCGCGCAACCCCUUGUUCGAGGAGGCGUUGGAGGGCAAGGAGAGGGUCAUUGUGUUCACGAAGAGGGAUCUGGGUGGUGCUGACGGUGGGGUUGAGGAGAGGUUAAGGCGGUGGUGUUUAGGACGGGGCAAGGAGAAGGGGAAGGGGGUUGUCGGGGUGUUGUUUACGAGGGGUGUGGAUACGUCGAUGACUGCGGAUAAGAGGGCUGCUGCCGCGGGGAGCGGUGGGAGUGGGAGGAAGAGUCUGGAUCAGGUGAUUCGGUUCCUGAGGGAGCAUGCGCGGGGAAGGUGGAAGCUUGUCGGGCACAGGGUUUUGGUCGUGGGGAUGCCGAAUGUGGGGAAGAGUACGCUGUUGAAUGGACUCCGGGGAGUGGGGAUGCGCGGGGGGAAGACAAAGGUGGCGAGGACGGGGGCGCAGCCCGGGGUGACGAGGAAGGUCGGGACCGGGGUCAAGGUUGUGCCUGGGGAGGAUGAUGUGGAUGAGUUUGGUAAUGAGGAGGGGGAGGGGAAGAAGAGGAAGGCAAAUGAGGGCGUCGGAGGCGGUGUCUACGUCCUCGAUACCCCCGGCGUCUUCAUCCCGUACGUGCCCUCGUCAACAGCCAUGAUGAAACUCGCGCUGGUUGGCUCGGUCAAGGAUACCAUCAUCCCGCCCGUCCUGCUGGCGGAUUACCUCCUCUUCCACCUCAAUCGCGUGGAUCCGGCUCUGUACAGGGACUUUUCGCCGCCGACCAACGACGUAGUGAGAUUUUUGGAGAAUGUGGCGAGGAAGUUGGGGAGGAUUGGGAAGGGCGGGAAGGUCGAUGUCGAGGCGAGUGCGAUUUGGGUCGUGCAGAGGUGGAGGAGGGGGGAGUUGGGGAGGUUUGUGCUGGAUGAUGUUGGGGAGGAGGCGUUGAGGAGGGAGGAGGAGGGGGAGGGGGGUGGGGUGUGGGGGUUGGGCGAGGGGGUGGUGAGUUUGAAUCAGGCGAGGAGGGCGGAGAGGGAGAGGAGGAGGGAGAGGGGGAGGGCGAGGGCCAGGGGGAAGGGGAUGGUGGUUUGA